AUGGCCUGUAUUGAGUGGCUUUGCAAGUCAAGUGUGUGUGCAGGCGCUGGGAUUCUGAUUGUUGCCAUCUGCGCUGUGAUUCUCGCGCAGCCCUUUUAUUCCGAUGUCAAUGUCUUGCUCCCAGUAAACAUCGCCGUAAAUUCAAGCCCCCUGAGGAUCUUGCUACUCACUGCACAUCCCGAUGACGAGUGCAUGUUCUUUUCGCCCUCGCUGACUGGCCUCAAUAAUUACGAACUUGCGGGCACGGGGCUGAUUCCUGAGCUGUUCUCUUUAUGCCUGUCUAUAGGCGACGCCGAUGGGCUGGGAGACGUCCGGCGGAAUGAGCUGAAGAAGAGUCUGGAUGUGCUCGGAAUACAUGCGGGAAGACGGUGGAUUGAAGACAGACCCAUCGGUCUGACUGAGCGAUGGAGACACAAGCUUGAGGCGCACGAGCCACUUUGCGUUUGUGGCUGGCAGGCACGUUCCCUGGACGAUCUCUUAGUGGGUGUGGCUGGGCCGCAAAAGACGCCGGGUGGACAUGGAGAAAAACUCCGAAAACACCGACUGCUAGAACAUCUGGUGAAUUUUGGCGGGGUAAGUGUAGAUAAACCUGCACAUGCACAUGAUAAACGGUGCGAAGAUGUGUCGCGCCUGAUAUGUGCUGCUCGAGCGCAUCGUUCUGACCUCAAGGACAACUUCACCGCAUCGUGGGAUGCCGAAACCAUCGCGGACGUCGUCAGACCCUAUGUCCUCCAGCACAACAUAACCACGAUCCUGACAUUCGACGACCGAGGCAUAUCAGGGCACCCGAACCACAUCUCGCUCCUGCAUGGUGCCGCACACCUCCUCGCCACCCUACGGUCAUCAGGAUCAGAUAGAACGCACGCCCCCGCGCCCCGCCUCUUCACACUCGUCUCCGUGCCCUUGCUAGCAAAGUACACCGGUCCGCUCGCCGCAUUGCACGCAAGAACCGCCGGGCUGCUCUCCGCCGCUGCUGCGGGGCUGCCUUCGCCUUUUCUGGCGUCGCUCUUGCCCACCCGGGAGGCAGAUCCGCCCAUACCGGAGACCGACGUCGACGCGGGGGCGCGGCAGAUGCCUGUGUUCGCAUCAGGGCUGCGCGAGUAUGUAACGGCGCUCCGCGCGAUGGCACAGCACCGCUCACAACUUGUCUGGUUCCGCUACCUGUAUGUUGCGUUCUCGAGGUACAUGUGGGUAAACGAGCUGCGGGAGGUCUUCCCUCCGGCUCCUACGGACGUUGCGGGUACGGGAAGUCCCUAG